GUUUUCAAGAGUUUGAAUUUGAUUUUCAGAGGGAAACAAGAUAGAGUGGCGAGAGAGAGAGAGAGAGGGCGGGAGAAAGAGCAAGCGAGUGAGAGAGAGAGACACACACACAUGCUGAGGGGUGUGUCAUAGCAAUUUAGUUCCUCAAGGAAGUACAACUCAACAUUAUCUCAGGACGGGGCGGCGAGCGCAAGUGCAGCAGGGGGGCCGUUUUCAGGGGGGAUUCUGCUUCUGGUGAAGAUGGAGGGGUCUCCUUAAAUGAGCCGGCCUGGGCCGUCGACCUGACUCUCAGAGCAGAGAGAGAGAGAGAGAGAGAGAGAGAGAGAGAGAGAGGAAUCUGAAAGACGAGGAGGGAGGGGGACUCGGCUCUCACACAGGCGAUCAUGGAUGCCUUCAGCUCCAAGGACAUGGCCCUGCAGGCCCAGAAGAAGAUCCUGAGCUCCAUGGCCACCAAGAGCUCCGUGCAGAUGUUCAUCGACGACACCACCAGUGAGAUCCUGGACGAACUGUACCGCGUCUCCAAGGAGUACACGGGAAAUAAAUCCGAGGCUCAGAAAGUCAUCAAGGACCUGAUCAAGAUCACGGUCAAGAUCGGCGUGCUGUUCAGGAACAACCGCUUCAGCACGGAGGAGCUGAUGGUGGCCCAGGACUUCAAGAAGAAGCUCCGCACGGGGGCCAUGACGGCCAUCAGCUUCUACGAGGUGGACUUCACCUUCGACAAGGCGGUGAUGGAGGACAUCCUGUCCAGCUGCAGGGACCUGCUGCUCAAACUGGUCAACACCCACCUGACGACCAAGUCUCACGGCCGCAUCAACCACGUCUUCAACCAUUACUCCGACCCGCAGCUCCUGACCAAACUGUACGACCCCAACGGGCCCCUCCGGCCCCACCUCUCCAAGAUCUGCAAAGGACUCAACAAACUGGUGGAGGACGAGACAAUAUGACGCGCGCGACGCGUCGGGCGGACGCUGGGAGAUCGACAGGCAGACUCACCCAAGACUCUGAACUCAAACUUUGUCUCGCUGGCAAAGAGGGGGAAAAGUGGUGCGAGAACAAACCUGCUGCCCAUCACAUGUGGGAUAAGAAUAAAGUCUGGAGUCAUUCCUCAAGUUUUUAAUGUGUAGAGGUGUAACGUCGUACAGUCGUGUCUCUAUGUCCACACAAACUUGAAUAUAAAGGGAUUUAUAUAGCGUCAGCUGUCUUACUUGCAUAUCAAAUGAAUAUCGAGACUUUGAAAUGUGUAACUCAGAGCUACUGAUACCAGAAUGCAUCCACUAGAAGAGGUGCGAAAUCAGAAAGAUGGACUGCAUGAACAUGUAGAAGAGGGAACAAUGGCACUGUAAUACGGCACUGACAUCUGGUGGUCGGGACGCCGCAUCUGCAACCGUGUGGUGAAACGACGGAGGCCGGAGGAUCAUGAUGCAGGAAUAAAAGCAAGUGACAGAAAGUGAUGCUCACAUUCCAGUGUGUUGAUUCAAAAUGUGUCCAGGAACAGCGUCAUUUAUCAUGUUUAUGCCACGGAAAGCUGCCGAAUCACGACGGUUCUGAACUGAACUCAGUUCAAACUAGAGACAAUUUAAAAAAAACUCACAAAAAUUCAACUGGGAGUCUCAAGUCAUGAUAAUCACAUUAUGAUGUCCUCAAUUUAACCAGGUGAAAAGUGUCACAGAUAUAAAAUUGCUUUAUGAACAUUGAAACAAAUAUACAGUUAAUACAGUGUGGCACAAUCUCUAAAGAAAGCAUUACAGUGAUGUGGAGUAACGCAUUUGUGGAAAAAUCUUUUGAAAGUUUUAAGAUCUGUUGCAGAUAAAAACUGAAAUGAGGCUCGAUCAAAGGAUCUUUGGCUUUGACCACACUGACGAAACCAGUAAAACGUAGACUGUGAUCUGAGGAGGGAGAGUAGAUAUGAAAUGAAAGCAGAGUUUGUGUCCCGUUUAUCAGGGAAUCCAGUCAGCAGCCGCACUGAGGGCUGAACGGAGCUGCAGUCACCAAGCAGAUAGCAGCAUGUUGAAUAACAUCUAUAGAUUACAUCGCUGUAAUCUCUGAUUUCUAAGAAGUGUCAUUUUAACCAGAAGCGGUUUGGCGGAAACGAGUGGAGGAGGAGGAUGUGCUUCAGUCACAAAAAGCAACAGAAUCGGACCUUCGUGAGCAGAACAUUUAUUCAAAUGUGACUAAACAAAAAGUCAUACAGAGUGCAAUGAACUUUUUAAUUAAAAUGAACCAUAUAAUACUAUAAUGAACCUUAAAAAUGUAACAAAUAGGAUUCCUCUCAAAAUACAAAUCUAUAAUAUUGCUUUGUGUUUCUCAAAAUUUAGCUACACUUAAGUUAAAGUUUUCAGCAGUAACAAACAAACUCAUUCAUGAGCAACUUUCUCAUCAUUCCAGUGAAUAUGAGCGGAAUUCUUUACAUUCCACUGUUAGAAAACAGCGAAGCAGCAUUACACACAGGCUAAAACGGGGCUCACAUGACCGAAGCGACAUGUGACUGCAACAUUUCAUACUCUGAUUUUUCACAACCUACAGUGUAACUCAAGAAAAAUAAAUAACGAGGCUGCUAACCCGCAGAAUAAAUUUGCAAACUGUGGCUGGUCACCUCAUAAGGUCCAGUGAGAUGGCAGUGAGAAAAGCAAACAGCAGCAGUGGUCUCUUCCUUUAUCUGCCAAGGGGACAGCUUCUC